GAUAACACGAAGAAGAUUCUUGGCUUGUUCGUCAAGUUGUGUAAAACUAGUGGUGGGCCUUCUUAAUUCACUCGAAGAUAUCACUUAAAAAUUAUUAAAUGAUGCUCAUGCUCUGCUCUUAUCUGAGUCGAUCUUUUAUUUUUUAAGUUAAACAGAGUCUUGAGCUGUACCUAGGAAGAAGCAUAAUAUAAUAUACUGAAAAUAAAAAAAAAAAUUAAAGGUAGUAGGAGGGAAUGGAAACCGCAGAGGAGCAGAAGCCGAGAGUUGUGGUGAUUGAUUCUUUGCAAUCAUGGGAAUUCUAUGUCAAUCAGGCCUCUACCCAGAACUCCCCUAUUGUUGUGCACUUCACUGCUUCAUGGUGCAUGCCAUCAGUGGCUAUGAAUCCUUUCUUUGAAGAAUUGGCUUCAACUUAUCCAGAUGUUCUCUUUCUCACUGUUGAUGUUGAUGAAGUCAUGGAAGUAGCAAAGAGGAUGGAUGUGAAGGCAAUGCCAACAUUCGUGGUGGUGAAGGACGGUGCUCCAUUGGAGAAGGUGGUUGGUGCGAAUCCGGAAGAGAUAAAGAAAAGGAUAGAUACUUUUGUUCAGUCCAUUCGUGACUCAGUAGCAUAGAUUUGAUUGAAAAGUGAAAGCUAUUGCAUCUAAUAUCAUACUACUUUUUCAACUUGUGUGCUGCUUUAAUUUCAGGUCAAAGUCAAACAUGUAAUUUCCCACUUUGUUAAUAAAUUUGUACAUUUUUACAGUUAACUAAGUUGUUGCUGGUUUAUUUUAUGGUGAUAUUUGAUUGUAAUCGGUAAAACUCAAGGGACUAUGUAUUGCUGUCUUUGUAUUGGUUCAUUCGCUAGUUAAAAAAAAAAAAUAUUCUCCA